AUGUCAGCUGGCGGUUGCAGCGAUACAUCUGUUGAAACGGGAGAAAGCAAACAUAAGUGGUUUGACCUUGAUGCGACAGAUAAAGUGAGUCGGAUCGAAGUGGCUGAGCUUCAGGGUACAUCAACAUUGAAACAAGCGACUAUGUGCCCCGAGAAUUCGGGUUAG